AUGUUUUCUUUCAUUUUCAGUAUAAUAUUAUCAAUUACUGAAACGAAUGCACAAGUAACUGUACUAACCCUUCAAUCGUUCGUUACCAAUUUCGCAGGCCCUAAUUCGUUGAACGGUAAUGCUAACGGAAUACAGACAUUCACUUUUAAUGUGACCCGUCGAACAGGAGAUCGAUCUGAUUCACCUCCACCGACUACUACUGUUAACCCUUUGUCACUGCUUUUUCAACUUUAUCUCAGGGGUUUAACUCAAGCGUCAGCGUCUGGUACAGGCUUCCCAUCUUUUCCUCAAUAUGGUUAUCCUUAUUAUCCAUACUACGGUGGAUACAGAGGAUAUGGUUACAGCCCCUAUUCUUAUUACUAUUAUUAUUAUGGAUGAUUGUUUUACUUUCUCCAAAUGUCUUUGUGUCAUUAUGCAGACUUUAAAUUUGCAAUAACUUUAAUGUUUUAUUCUGUAGCAAGUUAUUAA